AUUCAUUACCAACAGUGUGGUAAAAAAGAAUGCUCUAUAUUGGGGAAAACUUAAAGGACAUACCAAACUCCACGAUGGACAUUUUGUUUCAUCAUAAAUGUUGAUUAUGCAUGUAUUAUGAGGAGCAACUAUAAUAUUCAAUUAUAUGUUUUAAUUAAACAAUAAAUGACAAGUACUUGUAUUUAUUUCUUUUUUCAUUCAAUAAUUAUAUGUAAUGCUUAUAUUAUAUAUUUUUUUCUCUUUUCAUGGAGGUCUAAACAGAUUAUGCAUAGUUGGACCAUAACUAAAGUAGAAAGCAAUCAUUUCAUACAUUUCAAAUCAUCUAUUAUAUCCAUUAUUAUAUAUCAUAUUUCUUGAUAAAAUUCUUCCGGCCAACGGGCCGAACCAGAUAGUAGAUAUUUAUAGCAAAAAAGAAGAUGAGUUAUAGUUCUUAAUAAUUUUCAUAAAAAAUUAUGAAUAAUUAAUGUAGUCCAAUUGGUUCUGAUGCUAUAAGAAAAAGUCCAAUGUGGGGUUCUCAAUUCUCAUUGUGUAAGAGCAUUUCCAUCGGUCCCAGAGAGUGCAAUUGCAUUUUGACGUGGCAGAGCUUUGCAAAUUGCAAUUGUAUUUUCCCAUUGCACCAAUGUGAGUUGCUAUUGCAAAAAUGAAAACUUUAUCAUUUUUUGCUUUUUCCUGUUAUGAUUUCAAUGCCAACGUUUGGCUUUUAUUGUCAUAGAUUUAAUUUUUACCAUAGAUAAAAAUGGUUUUUUAUAAUAAAAAAAUUAGACACCAUAUGCAAUUGCAUGUUAAUUGCACCAAUGUAGUUACAAUGAAAGUAAAUUGAGUUGGUUUGCAAAAAUGAUGUGUAAAAAAAAACCACAAAUAUAAUUACAAAUGCAAUUGCACCAAUGAAAAUGCUAACGCAAUAAAGCCGAAUAAAUUGUUUUGCGUUGCGUCCCAAUUUAAUGGGCCUAUUCUGAAUAGUGGCCCAGAUAGUUGUAUUUAAGUCUUUUAGAAGCCCAGGGAUGCUCAUCAUUUCUGAAAAUUCGUCCAGUCAAAGUUACAAGAAAAAGCAGGCCCAGUCCAAACCGCUUCCUACUGCCUGGUAGCGCGGAUGCCACAAUCAAACAAACCCUCCACGGCGCCAGCGACGGCGGAGGAAAGAAGAAAGAGCAGAGAAAUAAAAACAAGCAUCGGAGACGGAAUUAGCUGCCCUUCGAAAUACUAGAGUAAAAAUGGCGUCUCCAGCCGCUGUAAGAGAGCUGCAGCGCGAUCUCGAAAACAAAGCGAACGAUCUCAGUAAAAUCCAGAAAGAUAUCGCGAAGAAUCACCAAGUGAGGAAGAAGUACACUAUCCAGCUCGGCGAGAAUGAGCUAGUGCUUAAGGAGCUGGAAUUGUUGAAGGAGGACGCAAAUGUUUACAAGUUGAUCGGUCCGGUGCUGGUGAAGCAGGAUUUGGCGGAGGCGAAUGCCAAUGUCCGCAAGAGGAUUGAGUAUAUCUCUGCUGAAUUGAAGCGGCUUGAUGCAAUUGUUCAGGAUCUGGAGGAAAAGCAGAACAGCAAAAGAGAGGCGGUCUUGAAAGUACAACAAAGAAUGCAAGCUCUUCAGGCCGGAAAAGCAAAAGCGUGAUCCACGCACAUGUUGGUUUCCCUGGGGGCUUGGCAGCUGUACCAUUUGCUUACUGCAGCGGAUCUGAUGUACAUACGUUAUUGUUUCUCAUCGAAAGCUGCAUCAUUUUUCCGAUCCCUUCGAACAUUGCAAGUUGUGACUGGCAUCAUUACUCAAGAGUGUGUAUCCUUAUUAGUUAUCCCACAUGACCCGUCUUCUUCUUCUGGUUGGUGAUUGAACUUGUGUAUCCACGCUUAGGAUGGCAACUUUGCCCAUACCCAUGGGUUUCUUACUAUCCAACCCAAUUGGGUUGGGUACGAAAUCCAAAUAGAUGGAUAUGGGUAGAGUUUGAUGGGUUUGUACCCAUACCCAUUUACUUUGAGUUGAGUUGGGUUUAUAUCAAAUGGAUUUGGGUUUGUACCUAUGCCCAAAUACAAAUUACAGUUUGGUACCCAAACUUAAUAGACAUGCAUAUUUAGUACCUAAAUUUAAUUUUUUUUGCAUAUAAGUCCUUAAAAUAUCGAUGGAAAAUUACAUUUUGGUAUCUAAAUUUUUUUGUCUUACAUUUUGGUACCUAAACUUUUCAAGUUUUGCAAAUAGGUCCAAUUUUUGCUUGUGUAGUUAAAACACCCUCAAGUAAAUGGAUAUCCAUAUCCAACCCAUACCCAUUUAGAUUAUGGAAGCCCCAAACCCAAACCCAAACCCAUCUAUAAACCCCCAAAUCCAUAUGCACUUCACCCAUACCCAACCCAUUAUCAAUGGGUCUACUUGGGUUUGGGUAUAAUUACCCAUGAGUGGGUAAUUUGCCAUCCCUAUCCACGCUGCAGUGCGGUCCCAGCAUGUAUGGAGUAAAAGAGACAUUUGGGAGGUGAUCUGUCUUGUCUGUGACUAGGAAACCUCUCCCCAGAAACGUGCUCACGAGGUAGCAGCACUAACGCUCUAGUUGCUUACUUUUAGCGAUGCUGCGUUUAAGGUACACACUGUGAAAGCGAGAGGGACUAUUAUUAAGCUGGAGACCGAGAAGGGAAUAUUCCAAACAUCAUUGCGAAACGUGCGGCAAAAAAGGCGGUGAAAUCUGGGGAUUGUUGUCUGAUGGAUCAUAGUUGGCGUGGAUGAAAGCAUUGCGUCUUGGACUCGCUUGGGUUAGUGAAGACAGUUGCAUCGAUUUGAUUCAUGUCGCCAUGUGACCUCUGUGUUUUUGUCCUACUAGGUCUCACGAACCGCAAAUGCAGCAAUCGUAGAAUGCACUUGUCGUAGAACACGGUACCAAAACCCAAAAAUUAAGACGCACGAGUUUGAACCUUCACUUUCGUGAGAUCGCACUAGAUUGACUACAUGCUCUGCCAGUGAAUAUCAUAUUGUCUACUGAAAGCACUAGAGCAGUAGGUGGAAACCAUUAUACUCUGUUCACCAACAAUUCAGCUGGCACCAAGUUGUUUGCUCUUGCAAAAUUUGCUGGGGAUGAUGGGAUGCGAUGGCACUAAGUUUCGAAGUUUUGAGUUGCAGCUCUUUCUGCCGCGGUAGGUAUAUUAGUGUACCAUUGCACUUACUCUCGCUUGUUCUACUUGACGUUUACGUAGUAGAGCAUUAGCAUGCUAACCUAACUUUCAUUCCACUCGAAUGAGUCAAGUAUUAUGCUUGGGAACUCUCAAGUAACUUCCUUUAAAUUUAUGGUUUGCUAUCGGGUCUUGUGUUCGAUGAGUUUGGUGUUCGUAAAUGGAUAAGACCAUUAUAAAAAAAAAUGACAUAAUAAGAUUUUAUGAAUGAAUUGUUCCCAGCAACUCGAGUUAUUGAAACUGGAUGAUUACGACAUGAUACCAGUGUCUUCGAUGACCGAUAGGUCUUGUGUUCAAAUCUCAACGAUCCACACAUUUGUUAAGCACACAAUAUUCGAACCUGUACAAAUUUCAAACCAAUGAAUUGACUUUGGUUUG